AUGUCUCAACGUUCAAGUGAGCAAGGCUACUCUUGCGAGAAGAAACGGACGCCAUCAUCUUCAUACGAUUCUUGUAAGAGUAAGAAGAAGAGGAAUCCCUUAGGUUCAUCAUCCCCUCAGACAGAUCCUGGGACAGUGUUGCCCCAAUCUAUCCAUUUUCAACCUAUGCAAUUUCCGUCCAUGCAAAGCCAGCCCUUGUCCUCUUCAUCGUUUCAGAAAGAUCAGACGAAUACAAACUGCUCUUCUCAAACAGAUGGUUUGAUUCCAACCUUCUCCUCUGCAACAUUCUCUAAAUCCACUAUUACUUCGAGCAACGAGUUGGAGGACUUGAAAAAGAAAUAUGAAAGAGUUGUAGAGAUUAAUCAGAAUCUCCAAUUCCAAUUGUACGAUAUCAAACAAGAACUGGAAAAGGAGAAGGAAGAGCGAAUCAAGUGGCAGUCUACAUAUGAACAAAAUCACGAGAGAAUGAGAAACGCUCAUGCCAACCUGUGUAAAUUAUUUGUUGACCUUGGAAAUGUAAUUACGGCCCUCUCAAAUAAUGGAUCAACAUCUUCUUGA